UCUGAUUCUCCUCCCAGCGUAAUUUCUAGGGUUUCUUCCACUCGUUCGCGCGCUCCCUCUCUCUUUCUCUCGCUAACCUCUCUAUCCCGGAAAAUGGAUCUCGAGGUGGUGGGCCGCCAUGCCUUGCUCUUCGACGACGACGCCAUGGCGGCGUUCGUCAACUCCGCUGACGCACUUGUAGAGUGGAAUUCUCUCUCUAUAGAUCGGUACGAUGUGCGCCAUCUCUUGCCUUCCCCUCCGCCACCGCGAAAUCGCCGCCGCCACCAACAUUCUCCGUCUCCCAAUCCUGACGAUUCUCUCGAAUCCGAGAUCGAUCAUGAGCGCUACCUCGAUCUACCGUCAGCAUCCGACGAGCAAGGUAAUCAUAGUUUCCCAUUCUAAUGAUAUUAAUUUCAAUUUGCUAGUUAUUGCUUAAGUUGUGUACAAAUACUGAAUAUGUUUACGUUAAAUUUAUUGGACCAAUAUUGUAAAUAAUUUGCCAUAGCUUUAGCUUAUAAGGAAUUUGUUUAUGUAUUAAGGAGAAUGCUUUAAUUUAGUGGAAAUCCUGUUUUGAACUUGCGGUGGAUAAUCUAGAUAUUACAUCUCUCGUCUUGCUUGUGCGCGUCUUUUAGGUUUGAAGGUAGCUGUGGUGCCUUUUAACUCGGUUACUCGUUUAUUAUUUCCCAUCAUAUUUUGCACAUGGAUGUGUAUUAUUCUGAUUGCUAACCAUUGCGGGUUGGAAGUUUAAAUUACUAGAGAACUAUGAGGCUAUUUCAAGAGGGGGAAGUGGACGGACACGAGGAGGGCUUUAAUUUCUCCAAUCCAUACUAGUAUGGAUGGUAGAAAGAAGUAAAAAAAGGAUAGCUUAGAAGUGAUGUGGAUUUAUAAGAGGAGGUCCAUCUUUCAAAAUAAUCUCUUUCUUUUUUUGGGAGAAAAGAAAUAGUGGGAUGACUUCUCCCCAAUUUUUUUCAUCUCAUUUCAAUAUCCUAAUGAUGAGUUACGUAUUACCAGUUUGAUUUUUCUCAAAAUCUCCUAUUUUUAGGGAAAAAGAAACAACAGGAAAGGAUGAUAUCUUAUAGUUCUUAUUUUCCUCUCCCCAUUUUCUCUUAUUAUUUAAACAUCGAAACAAUGAAUAAUGUACAAGCAGUUAUAUUUUGAGAUUUUUGCAAAAAUAUCCUGCUUUCUCUUAUUAUUUAAACAUCGAAACAAUGAAUAAUGUACUACCAGUUAUAUUUUGAGAUUUUCGCAAAAAUAUCCUGCUUUCUCUUAUUAUUUAAAUAUCCAAACAAUGAAUAAUGUACUAGCAGUUAUAUUUUGAGAUUUUCACAAAAAUAUCCUGCUUUUCUUGGAGAAAAGAAAGAAAGAAAAAGAAGAGCAGGAUGAUAACAUAGAGUUCUCAUUCUCUUCUCAUUUAGAGAUCCAAACAAUGGAAUAAUUCAUUUCUUUUACAAGUUUGUCUUUCCACUUCUCUCUUAAUCAACAUAUUUAUAGUGUGCAAUUCAUUUACUUCUAUUGCUUCUACUUGUGUGAAGAUUCAAGGCAAAAUGGUUUAAGCUGAUUCCAUUUAUCAUUGUCUCGCAGAUAGAUUAAUGUGCUGCUAAAUCUAAUGACUUAAUUUGUAUCUAGUUGCUGUGUUCAGCUAUCAUUGAAUCCAUUGAUACAUCUCAUCCUGUUUGAGCACAAUUUUAACAUGGAUUUUUCUGAAGGAUGGUAUUUAGCUGAACACGGGAAUGUAGUGUUCUUUUUUUAGGGUUUGUGUGAAUGUUCUACAUUUUGGGUUGCUUUUCUAAGUUGCAGGAUCAGAUUUUGUUUACUAAAGUUUCAUCUUUCAGGUGCCAAGUAAGAAUUUCCUUUCCUCAUUCUUGUGUUUUUACCUUCUCCUGAUCUCAUUGUUCAUGUUCUUCUGCAGUUUUUCUAUGCUGGCCCUCUCAUCACAGGCAGGUGGUCUUAUAUUCGUUUGGUUCUAAUUUUUUUUUUGGUCCUUUUCAGAUUUAGGAAAUGAAGCAGAAAGGAAUGACAUCAGUGGCUAUCAUAUGGUUGCCUUUUCAUAUGGAGCCUCUAGUGAAUCAACUGAACAGAAGAAUACUGAUGCUGAGUCUAGUUUUCAGCCACCCUUCACAGUGCCUGAACAGUUAACUCAAAACCUGAUGCUCGGAGCAGGGAUUGGAGUUCCUCAAGGUUGCCAUACACAGGCACCUUGUCUUCUUUUGAUGUCUUGACAAGGGGCCGCGCAGGUGGGAUUAGGAUGAUAGAAGUUCAUUACUUUAUCGGGCAUCCUCUGCAGAUUAGAGGAUAGAUAUCUUUGUAGAGUUCUGUUUCUUUAUCUUAAUGGUUAUCUAAAUAUGUGUAUGAAAGUCAGUGAUACUUCUUGGGCCUAUUUAGUAAGAUGUCCUUUUCCUGGCGUUAUGCUUUCUUAAAUUUCCCAUUGUUGAAAGAUUUUCUCUCCUUGUUUUUUCAGCCUCCUACAGAGAAGGUGCACCAGAUUAUUGCUAGGACUGCCAUGUUUGUUAGCAAACAUGGUGGGCAGUCAGAAAUUGUUUUGAGAGUUAAACAGGGGGACAACCCAACAUUUGGCUUCUUGAUGCCUGAUCAUAAUCUUCAUCCUUACUUCAGAUUUCUUGUUGAUCACCAAGAACUUCUGAAGUCUGACAUUGAUGGCAAAUCUAUAGAAGAUGAGAACAAGAUAGAUAGUGGGGAUCAGAUGGGUGGUGGGGGUGGUGCAUUGUCAUUGCUUGGUUCUGUAUAUGGAUCUGGAGAGGAUGAAGAAGGAGCAAAUGAGGAUGGCCCAGCAUUUACCAAAAAUGACACUGAGGAUUCUGUUGAUGCUGCUGAUAAUGUAACCAUUUCUUAUGGAUCAGAACAAAACUCUUCUUCUUUAGAUGUUGCUGGGAAAGAUGAUUUGGUUUCUAAGCCUCAAUUUUCUUCUUUGAAAGAAAGGUCUCAAGUCAUAAAAAGAAAUCGUGCCAUCAGUUCAGUCAAGGCGGGAACCACAAUUGGGUCAAAGAGAUUUAGUGAUUCCAUGGCCUCAGUUUCCUCUACUGUGGAUAAGUUGCAACCUUCCAUCUCCCCUAGCCUGUCCAAGGUUGAACAGUCUAUUUUGGAGCCUCCAUCUGAUUUGAAGAGAGUGGUCGAAAAGAUAGUUGAGUUCAUACUGAGAAACGGGAAAGAAUUUGAAGCUGUUCUGGUUCAGCAGGACACUAAACAUGGGAGAUUUCCUUUCCUUCUGCCAUCCAACCAAUAUCAUCCUUAUUAUUUAAAAGCCCUCCAAAAGGCUCAGGAGUCAAGGUUAUCUGGCAAGAGCUUCAUUUCAGAGAAACAUGAUCCAGUAGGCCAUGCGUUGGACAGGAGAACGGGAACAAAAGAAAGUGAUACCCUGUCCUCAGCAUCAGAUAUACCAUAUGAAUCUGAUAGGAAAGAAAAGUUUAAAAUGGUAAUUGGAAAGUCAAAGAAGGAUGGACAGGACCCACCUUCGAAAGUCACCCAGCCACAAGUUGGAGUUAGUGUGGAUGCUGUUGCUGCUAUUCUUCAGGCUGCCACAAAAGGCAUUAAGAAUCCCAACUUAGAAAUGAUAUCUAAGACACUAAAUGGUAUUGGUCAAGGUCCUAGCAGUGAAGCUGGAGACAGCGUCCUUGCACCUUGGCCUCAAAGUUCCAACCAGGACUUGGACAAGAACUGGGAGCAUGGUGUUUCUGUCCCUCUAGCUAAAGCCAUUACAAAGACAAUGGCUGUUACAGCAGCAAGUGAAGCUGAUUCCUCAGAAGCAAGGUUGACCAGAGAGCAGAAGUUGAAGGCUGAGAGACUGAAACGAGCAAAGAUGUUUGCAGCCAUGGUAAAAAGUGGUGCUGCACCACUAAAAAGUGAACCAUUGCGUGGGGUAUCUGUAGAGCCAUCUGAAUCUGGGUUAUCUGGUUCUGAUUCUCAUGCUGUCCUUCCUACAGACCGAGAAAGGGAAAGUAGUUCUAUUCCAUUGGAUAUUGAUACUAAUAAUAGGAUUGAGAAAUCUGCCGAGGAAUAUAAUGAACGGCGAUCAAAGCGGAGCUAUCGAUCUAGAACUAAAAGGGGUGAAGAGGAAGAAGAGGAUGAGGAACUGAAAGAUAAAAGGGAUCACAACAAGCAUUCAAGGAAAAAGAGGCAUUCUCAUCGCAGGGACAGGCAUAAGCACAAAAAAAGACAUUCCUCUUCCCAGGAUGGAGAAUCUCAACAUCGACAUAAGAGCAGUAGCUCCUUGGAUGAACAUCAGCACAAGCAAGAUAGCUCUUCUGAAGAUGAGUAUAGGCGUGGUAGACAUAAGAAGCAUGAUAGCUCCUCAGAUGACGAGCAUAGACGCUCUAGAAGGAAGCACAGGCAUGAUAGCUCCCCCGAUGAUGAGUAUAGACACUCUCGAAGUAGGCGCAAGCUCGAUAGCUUCUCCUCUGAGGAGUACACACAUUCUCGACAUGGUCACAGGCAUGAUUCUGAUGAUGAGCAUCAGAACGCCCGACAUCAGCAUAAGCAUGAUAUCUCCUCCAAUGAGGAGAGUCGGCAUCAAGCCAAGUCUGUAAAACAUAGAAAGAUCCCUCGUUCAGAAAGAGAGAGAGACUUGGAGGAAGGAGAGAUCCUUACAAAAUCAGAUCAGUCAAAAGUUAGUGAGGGUGGGGAUGGUGCUAGUAGGGAAGCUUCUGUGGAUAUAUCAAAAACAUACCAAGAGGUAAGGGGCUCAUCUAAGCAGUCCGAUUCCACCGAAGUUUCUAAUGACCUUAGAGCCAAAAUUCGAGCCAUGUUAAUGGCAACCUUAUAACUAGCCAUAACAUACAUCUUAAGUUUAUUGCUUUGCAGCGAUUGUAUCUUAUUAAUUCUCCAGGUCACAAUUCUUGUAGAAAUCUGUUACAAGUUUCAGAUUGACGAAGGGUAUUUAACGACAUUAUGUUGAAAAUUUCCUCUCUAACGCUUUUCUUUGACAGUAA